AUGCUUCAGUCCAGCCAGAGCGCUGUGAGGACUCUUCCUUUGAAGAAGAGAAUCUCUUUCCUGAUGAAACUUACCUGCUUUGUAAGCUCCGUGUUCAUAUUUUGUGAAUUUUUAAUUUAUUAUGUGGUGAUUUUUCAAUGUCACUGGCCAGAAGUGAAAGCUGGAGCUCACAUGGGUAACGGAGAGAUUUCUACUUCAGUCCUGAAGGCCUUAUUUUUAGCUGAUACUCACCUGCUUGGUGAAAUCAAGGGACAUUGGCUGGAUAAACUAAGAAGGGAAUGGCAAAUGGAGAGAUCUUUCCAAACUGCUUUGUGGCUGCUGCAGCCGGAUAUUGUUUUUAUUCUGGGAGAUGUCUUUGAUGAAGGAAAAUGGAGCUUGCCUCAGGCAUGGGCAGAUGAUGUCAGGAGGUUUCAGAAAAUGUUUAGACAUCCCGUUCGUACUGAGCUCGUGGUUGUCGCUGGGAAUCAUGACAUUGGAUUUCAUUACGAAAUGACUGCUUACAAGGUGAAGCGAUUUGAAAAGGUUUUCAACUUUACUUCAGGAAAGCUAGUAACUCGAAAAGGAGUAAACUUCGUCCUAGUGAACAGCGUAGCCAUGGAGGGCGACGGCUGCGCCGUGUGCGGCGCUUCCGAGGCGGAACUCGCGGCCCUUUCCCGCAGGCUCAACUGCUCCCUGCAGGUAGGAAAUCAUUCCAGCAGAAGGUGCAGUGACGUGGAGAAGCUUCCAGCCUCAGAGCCGAUCCUUUUACAGCACUACCCCCUCCAUCGGAAAAGCGACGCCGAGUGCGCUGGGGAAGAUGCCGCCCCUCCGGAAGAGAGGAACGUCCCGUUUAAGGAAAAGUACGAUGUGCUCUCUCGGGAGGCCUCGCAAAAGCUGCUCUGGUGGUUUCAUCCCCGUCUGGUUCUCAGUGGACAUACACAUAGUGCCUGUGAGGUGCUGCAUGCGGGGAGGAUUCCAGAAAUCAGUGUCCCAUCAUUCAGUUGGAGGAACAGAAACAACCCUAGUUUCAUCAUGGGCAGCGUAACGCCGACCGACUUCUCCCUCCGAAAGUGCUUCCUCCCGCACGAGAGCACAGUCUUUGCUCUGUACGGCGCCGCAGGGGCUCUGCUGGCCAUCCUGGUGCUAGCUCAUUUUCAGCUUCUCACUCCACCGUUUUAUUUUGCUCAGCGUUUAAUCAGUAAGCAUAAAGCAGUAUGAAGAGCCAGACAUCUGCAUUCAGUCACUGAAAUACCAAAGCUGAGAACAGUCAAACAUCAGACUAUAUUCAUGCCAGCAAAUGACCUAAUUGGAUUGCUAGUCUGAAGGCAGGUUGCAUUUACACAUACCAUAGAAGUCCUAUACAGCUGAUAUGACUACUACAGGAUAAAUAACUGAAAUGAAUGUUUCAUGCUGUACAAAAAUACUGUAUUCUACAAUCAAAUGAGUCCUUUUCCUGCUAUAAUUUUUGUAUCAAAUAUGUAUAUUAAAAGUUUAGCUGUACAUUAUGUAAA